CAUUGGUCGCAUUCGAAAAGCUAGUGGCUACGUAGUCGAAAUUCAACUAGAUUUGUGAAUGCAAAACUUCACUACAAAGCUAGUCAAUCCUGAGCUGUCAUAUUAAUGACAGAUGCAAAAGUAAACAAACGCAAAAUCGGAAACAUUUGAGAAAGUUUUAAGAAUUUUAAACAAAUAACAACAAUAUUUUUAAAUUAAAUAAAAACAAAUACAAAAAAUUAGAUAAAAUGAGCGAUUCGGAAGAAGAUGAAGUCAUAGCUAGAGCUGUGAUUGUCGUAAACGAUCUCCUCGCAGUGGGUUCCUUAUCUGACCAACUUCAAGAAAACAUUAAAGAAGAUCGCGUAAGGAAUACGAACUAUUAUGAAGUAGUAAUUCCAGAUUACAGUUUAGAAGAAUUCCGGUGCCAUUUUCGAAUGAGUCGAAGUUGUUUUUCGGAUCUUAUGACAAAGAUUGGAAAUCUCAAGUGUGUUCAUCAGUUGGAAAAAAAACUUUUGUAUACUAUUUGGACUUUAAGCAAACAAGAGAGUUUUUUGUCAUCUGGCGAUCGUUUCAAUUUAGCACCAAGUUCAGCACACAAUUCAUUUUGUGAGAUUCUGGAUUUGUUGUGUUCCCUUUUGGCUCAAUACAUUAAGUGGCCAUCAAUAAGCCAAUAUAAUGAUAUAUCCCGGGUAUUUCGAGAAAAAUCAGGAGGUUAUAUUCCCGGGAUCGUUGGUGCGAUAGAUGGGUGUCACAUUCAAAUAAAACAGCCGGUCAAGAACCCUAUAGACUACUACAACAGAAAAAAUACGCAUUCGAUUAUUUUACAAGGAGUUUGUGACCAUCGAGCUGUUUUCAUCGAUAUUUAUGUAGGCGCUCCUGGUCGACUACAUGAUGCUCGAGUUUUUAGAAAUAGCCCUCUCUCUGAUAAAUUGGCUCAAUUCUUGCCUGCCGACUACCAUCUUGUAGGAGAUGCUGCCUACCCUCUAGGUCAAAACCUAAUAACUCCCUUCCGUGACAAUGGACACCUUCUCGAAAGGCAAAUCAAUUUCAAUACACGCCUUAGCAGUGCCAGAAUAACCAUAGAGCGAACUUUUGGUUUUCUCAAAGGCCGAUUUCGUCGAUUGAAAUAUUUGGAUGUUUCAAGUCCUAUGCUGGCCAAUAAAAUUAUAACAGCUAGUUGCAUUUUGCUAAACCACAUUCAUUUAUUUAAUGAAUCUGGAAAUUUUUCUGACAUCGAAUCUGAAAAUGAUGACGAUCUGGGAAAUGAUUUAAAUUCAAGUCAAAACAUGGAAAACCAAGAAAGAAGCAGCUGUGCUAGAAAAAGAAACUUCUUGUUGAACAAUUUUUAAAAAUAAAAUAUGUACUUUUUUCAAUUAA